AUGGUGCCCAAAUCGUCUGGAUCGCUACUGUCGGGCGCUCGUAAGUCGGGCAUCUCGCUUGCCCUUAAUGGUGGCUCGGCCGGCGGGAUCUCGCUCCACGACCGCUUGUCGGCAAGGUCUAGAGUCACGAAUCUGGGCAUCGUCCUGCUUCUCGGCUUUGCUAGCUUUUCAGCCCUCUUGAACCUUCGUUACAUGCUGUUCCACCACAACUCUGCCCCGACACCGCAAGGGUACAUCGAAUUUCGUGGUCGCACCCCGGAACUGCUCAGUGCAAGCGUACCACCACCACGCAAUGGCACUGAUCACCUCAACCACCUCGUCAUCGUCGCCGGUCAUGCCAUUUGGGCGGGCUGCGAUGUCAAAGGCAAGGAUGACGACGCAAACUGGAUCCUUGAAGAUUAUCAGAAGGGCGGGAGCGUCAAGACGUUCUACAAGCAUAUCGAGAAAGGCUUGCAGCUCACCAACGAGGACCCCAGCGCGCUUCUUGUGUUUUCCGGCGGACAGACUCGUCCCAACUCGCUGCAGACCGAGGGCGAGUCGUACUAUUCGCUCGCCUUGGCUGCCAACCUUGAAGUGCCUAUGAUCGCUGGCAGCCUCGCCAGCGCCUCGUCGACCUCUUCCGCCGCUGCUUCGGCAUCUACCUCCUCAGCUAGUUCCAUCGGCUCGCUCGCCCACGCCAACGCAGCCGUCGCCACUCGCCACGGUCUGCAAGACGUCCGAAUGACAACUGAAAAUUACGCGCUCGACAGCUUCGAGAACCUUCUCUUCUCCAUCGCCCGUUUCCGCGAGUACACGGGCCAUUAUCCAGCACGUAUCACCGUUGUCGGCUAUGCGUUCAAAAAGGCCCGCUUCGAGGAGCUGCACGCCAAAGCGGUGCGCUGGAACACCAAGGGCUUCCUGCACAAGGGCGAGAGAACCUUCCAGUACGUGGGCAUUGACGACGAGCUCUCUGAUUCCGACGCAUCCGCGCAGUACAAGGGCGAGAAGCUCAAGGCGUACAACUUGUUCGACAAGGACAUGUACGGAUGCCACGGCAGACUGAAGCAGAAGCGCAUCGAGAGGAACCCUACGCGCCGCUUCCACCCGUACAUGAGCUCGGCACCUGAGAUUGCGGAUCUGCUCAAUUGGUGCCCCGCGCCGGAGUCGGGUCUGCAGGGUCUAUACCCGGAGAACCUGCCGUGGGACGCGCGCGUGACUGGGACUGGGUGGGGAAGGGGUGCUUUGGCUGUCAAGGCUAAUAGCAAGGGUCACAUUAUUCCGGAUUCGAGGUGGCUCCAAAUCGGACGCGAGCAAUGA